AUGGUCUACAUCAGAUUCGCCUCCGUCUUUGCGGCGGCCUCGAUGGUCAUGAUGGCCGCCGCUGCGGACGAACAGCCGACAGCAACCAAGAUCAAGAACCCCAUCACCACACCAACAGUCACCCUGCCAGCAAGUGCCAUGACCAGCAUCGGUUGCUUUGAGACCUCAACCCCACUCGAGAACCACGGUCCAUACGGUUUCCAGUCGCCUGGUAACUGCCAACUCGUUUGCCUGGAGCAAAACAAGGACGUCAUGGGCCUGUCCAACGGCAAGGAAUGUUGGUGUGGUGACGAGAUACCCGCCAAAGAUUGGCAGACUAAGAACGAGACAUGCGGUACCCCCUGUGCCGGCGACGAUACGUCGCUAUGUGGUGGAAAGAACGUCUUGUGGGUCGUUCUCACAGGAAACACUCUGAACCCGGUCGACUAUUACGAGCCCGACGUGUCCAGCAGCAGCUCAGCAGCACCAAAGCUGUCGUCUGCUGCGCCAACGUCCACCGCUGCCGCCCAAGCGUCGGCCACUCCAUCCGAGGCGCCCAAGGAAGACGAAGACAGCAAACCAAACACAGUCGCCAUCGCAGUGGGUGUAGUCGUCGGCAUACUAGCCCUUGCCUCCAUCAUGUUUGGUGUAUGGUUCCUACUGCGCCGGAGACGUCAGCACCAAGCAGAAGAAGACUAUCGUCGCAACGCCGCCAACGUGAAUGCUUUCGUCAACGGUGGCAAGCUACACACCAGCAACUCGUCCAUGAACGACUCUCGUCUGGACCCAAGUUUCGUUGACCGGAGGCAGAGCAACGGCAGUAUUGCAGACAACGAGGACUACUCGAGGCGGAUAUUGAAGGUUACCAACGUAUAA